GCAAAGCGCCACAAGAGAAGAAGAACGCCGUCGGGAAGGUUCGGCUGUUUGUGUUUUGUAGUCACUUGUGUCCAUUAGCAGCCGCAAGAAUGGACAAAAAGGUGGAUACAGACAACCUUGACAUGCGUCUUCAGGCGCUGGAGAGUCAGAUUUACGGCGACAGAAGAAACAAAAGUGGAAAACCAGUGAAGUGUGCCGAGUCUUUGGUCAGGAUUCAGGCAGGUCUGACCAACACUGCCAACAAAAGAGAGCGAGUAAAGAUCCUGCACAAGAAGAUUGAGGACCUGAUGAAAUACCUGGACCCCCAGUUCACCGACCACAUCAGCGUACCUGACGCCAUGAAGCUGGAGUUCAUCCUCGCCGAGGAGGACUUCCUGCUUUCCCAGGCUGCUUUGCUGGAGCAAGUCAGCAACUUACAACCUCUGCUGGACAGCACCUACAUCAGAGAUGUACCCGAACACGCCACCAAGCUGCAGCGUCUGUCACAGAUUCACAUCAAAGAGCAGGAUCAAACUGAAGCUCAGUCCCUGGAGGUGAAGAAGCUUUUCGAGGAGUACAACAAAAUGAUGUUCCUGCUGUCCAAGCAGUUCACCCAAUGGGACGAGACUCUGAGGAAGCUGGAGGAGGCCAAGGGCAUCCGGCCUGUGGAGUAGCCGCUCCCAAUACACACACACACACACUUCUGAUGAGGAGGGUGACGAUGAAGAAAAGAGCAACAUGAUGGGAGUUUACGUCAGACAAGUGUUCCAUGUGUGGCCUGUCCUCACAACAUUUCACUGUUUUUGUUUCUAACUGCUUUUAAAUGUGUCGGCAGAAUUUUAAGAACCAGGAAAUAUAACGUUAAUAAAAUGAUGCAACACAGGAAAAACUCAAAUUAAGCCAGUCCUCUGACAGCGCUGGGACGAAAAGUGGUAAGGAACUUUGUCUUGUGACUCUACAUCAGAUGUCACUCAUCACGUGCUGCUCUUAUUUAUUUAGAGACAAAAUAGCUUUUUAUGCUUUGAUCUCAACCUGUAAAACAUUCCUCCUCCUCCUCCCGCCUACUCCAAGCCAGUCACUCGACUUGUUGCUCCGCUCCAUGCUUGCAGUCCCACACAUACAUACAUGCAUCUUUAAGAUUUAACCCCCCCCCCUGCAGAGUCCAUGAAGUGUACAAAAAAAACUACUACUACUACUGGAUUUCAAAGUUUGUAUGUGUCUAAAAUGUCAUACAACAAUAAAUAUGACUUUGUUUCUUUGA